CUGUAGUGGGAAUCAGUAGCCUUUGUUUCUUUGUUUUGGUAGGUUACAUAGCAUUAACUGUUGUCAGGUUGGUUUUUCUGCAAACACGAAUACAGCAGGCUACAAAGAACAUGCCAUGAAAAAGCAAAACAGUGUUAUAGAAGCACAUUGUCUUGCUGUCUGAUUGACAUUUUUUUUAAUCUCUUCCUGAUUUAAAAUGGCAGUGACUGUUGCCCUGUAGGAGCUGACACUGCAGCUAGCUAAAAGGAGAACGGCAGCUGGAUCAGUAUUAUAAGAGCAGAAAUGGGUCUCCUGUGUCAAAGGUGCUUGGAGCUCUUGCUAGAUAUUGUGAACUUUGUCAAGAGACUCUCCUCCAGAAUUGUGGAGCGUAUCAAGGAGUGUAUGGUGCUUGUACGUGAGUGCUGCUGCAUGAAACCUAAAAGCUUCAAAGUCAGGCAUCUAUAUGAGCCUGUCCUUCCGAACCAUGAGAAGCAAGCUGCCCAAGAGUUCCUUAAUCACCUGGAAGCGGGACUGGGAGAGAGACAGCUUGGCAAAGAAACACUGGAUGCCCUGAGGAUCUUGGCUUUUUCUGAAAAUGCAGAUCUGCAGCAGUCUGCAGCUCUCUAUUAUCUACAUAUGAGCCAGCACAUGACUGCCAAGUUGCCACAAGAAUUUUUGGAGCCAUAUCAAGCUUUGCUGCAGUCUAGUGAUUUAGAAGUUCAGCAGAUGUCUUCCUUGUCACUCGUGAACUUUUUGCUUGAGGGAUAUUUGAACAAAGAGCUUGUUGUUCAGGUGGGACUACUGGAACCAGUUCUGGAACUUCUGGAAUCGGGAGACUCUGCUGUGCAAUGUAACUCAUGUGCUUGCAUUAUGAUGCUUGCAGUCUCUGAAUCCAACCGAGAGGCUAUAGGAAUUGCUGGAGGCAUCAGGCCAUUACUGACAUUAGCCAAGUCCUAUGAUCCCAGAGUGCAGCAAAAUGCUGUUGGAGCUAUUUUGAACUUGACUCGAUCAGAACAUAUCAAGAGUAUUCUUUGCAGACAGGGAGCCCUGCCAGUACUGAUUCUUCUUUUGCAAUCUCCUGACUCUGAUAUCCAGUACUACAGUUGUGCCUCCCUGGGUAACAUUGCUGCAAACGCCGACCACCAUGAAGCUAUGAUGGAAAUUGGUGACAAAUUUCUUCUCCGAAUGCUUGUCUCUCUGAUGUCUUCAUCUGUUCAAAAGGUAUCAAGCCAAGCAUGCCUUUGUCUGAAUAACCUAGCUUCAAAUGCUGAAAUUCGGACUCAUAUCCACGCCCUGGACAUCAUACACCUGCUACUGAUCUUGCUUAACUCAAGCAGUAAAGAUGUCCGACAGGCUUCUAUUACUCUUCUCUGCACUAUGACCCAUCCUCCAGGAAACAUGAAUGCUGUCUUGUGUAAGGAACUGCUUACUCAUCUAGUAGUGCUGAUGCAGAGAGAGAGGACCAAUCCAGUGGUUGUAGUCCAUGCAGCCUGCACUAUACAGAACUUGAGCCAGUCUGAGAACAUAGAGGUGAUCAUACAGAGCCAGUGCUUUGAGGAAUUGCUUCAAGCUCUCCUUGAUCCUAACAAUGAAGAAGAAACCUUACAGUAUUUGGCAUCAUGUCUCUCAGAGCUGGCUAAACAUGACAUCACAAGGGAGUGUUUGAUUGAUAAAAAGGACAAAGGACUGAUCAGAUGUCUGGUGAAACUGGCAGGACUAGUGGAGCACAAAGAGCUCUCCUUCCAUGCAGCCUCUGUUAUCAAGCAACUUUCACAUUAUGGAAAAAUAUCAGCAGAGUUGAAAUUUUUAAUAAAGGAUGUUCAGCACUACCUCAUGUGUUUUCUUAGCCAUCCGGAACUACGAUUUCAGCAGCUCAGUAUUGCCACACUUUGCACUUUGAGUGAAGAUACUGAGUUCUCCACAGUAAUCAGUCAAAGUCAGCUAAAGGAGCAGCUUGAGCAACUCCGGAAGCAGACAGAAGACACUCAGGCACUGCUGAGACUGACACUCAGUCAAACUGAAUCUGCAGACUCGACUAAAUGAACAGGCAACAUUCCUCACAAAAAGGAUAAAAUGUUUUGGCUUGUGGGGUGGAUUUGAAUUUGCCCUACUGACUGUUGCUUGUAGUACUGUACUUUUUGUAUAUAACUCCUCCUAAAAUAUAAGAUUUUUUUUUUAAAGGGACAUUUUAGAUCACCCAGUACUUAUGUGUGUAUUGGUAAUGGAACUGUCCUACAAAAACUGAAACAAUUAGCAGGUAUGUGGGGAGUAAUAAAUUCAAAGCAACCAAUAAACAGGUAGCAUUUACUAGUCAGGUGUUUAAAAUAACCCAUCUCAUUGUUAUGAGUUACUACACACGGACAAACCUUUUAUUACAUUUUAGCAUAGGGAUCAUAUUGGCCAUCUUACUGAUUUGUGGACUGCCUGAGGAAGAUGCUGGGCCUGCAGUUUUAUAUUUUAGGAACUGGACCUUUUUUACAAGCAUAUGUUAAAAUUGCAGUUUGGACUGUUUACUCUGUGUCCAGAAUCAGAGACCUUAAUGUAAUCACCAGGGUCCACUGGAGUUUGUAAUAGGGACCAAAGAGAAGAAGAGCAGAGACAGAGAAAAGACUGAUGAUUGAAAACAAGCAAAAUAAAGCAAAAGUCAAUGUGUACUAUUUUAGAGCAAGACACAUAAAUUGCUAAACAGUUCAAAGCUUAGGCUAAAGUCAGUACCAGGUUAUUAGGAUAUUUAUGCACAAUGAUGCUGGCAUCACUGUGUGGCAUCACCACAAACCAGACCAGCACAACAUUAUGCUCUAUUAGUAUGUUUCUGCUGGCAGUUGUAGUCCAGCAACAUCUUGUGAGUGGUCUGUUGAGCACGGUUGAUUUAACAAAAAGAAAACAUUGUUUCUUGAAGAUAAAUAUUAGUUAAAUUUCACAGCUACACAGGAUGGGAUCCCAAUAAACCUAACUACAAUCUUAAGUUUUUUUUUUAUUAAUAUUGCUUUUAUUUAUUUCAUUAACAGCUGUGGCCAAUGUUGUAUUACCUUGUUUGUUUAUACUGUAUGACUUUGACUGUUUUAUAAUACAGGUAUGGGACUUGUUUUCCAGAUAAGGGGCCUUUCCGUUAUUUGGCCCACAAUACCUCAAGUCUACUAAAAAAAUCAUUUCAACAUUAAUUAAACCCAAUAGGAUUGUUUUGCAUCCAGUAAGGAUUGAUUAUAUCAUAGGAAAUCAUUUUUUAUAAAUUAAAAUUAUUUGCUUGUAAUGUAGUAUUUUGGAGAUGGCCUUCCCUUAAUUCGGAACUUCCUGAAAAACAGGUUUCUGGAUAACGGAUCUCAUACCUGUAUAACUGGUUAUCCCUGAUACAAUGAGGGACAUUGUGCAAUCUAGUAAACUUGAAAAAAUAAACAGGAAGUAAAGUCA